AUGAAUUACGAGGAUGCAGAAAACAAAUGCAAGGAAAUUGGCGCACACAUCUCUUCAGUUGAUUCGCCAGCCGAAAACGAAUUCAUCUCUAGUAUCAAUUUGGCAUUGGAAUCGCAGUAUUCAGCAUUGCGAUUAUUCAUUGGGCUGAAAUUAGUUGGUGGCAAAUAUGUCUGGGCAGAUGGAGAACCGUACGAUUACAGCAAUUGGGAUGAAGCGAAACCAGCCGGUGGCUGCAAAGAGGACUUUGUGGUAAUGAUUCCGGCAAGAAACGGAAUUUGGGAGUGGAUAUGUAAAAAAUGUGGGGUGUACGGAGCUAUUUGUGAAAUUGAAUGA